AAACAAGCUCACAUCAUUAAAUGUAAUAUGAUCCAGUUCUUCUGAAUUUCGUUGUUUAAUUCGAUAAUUCGAUUAUUAGUUCUGUGUAAGUUUGCGAACUGAAUCAGGAAGAUGUUAGACAGAGCUCUGCUUGUAUUGGUACGCCAAGGUGUUCCCCGGUCGCCGCAGUACUGGGCUCGGAAUUUCAGUGCAAAAACAUCGGAAAACGUCUCGGACAAAAAGGAUCCACAGUCAAACGAAAAGCUGAUAAAAGUGGCAAUCAUUGGCGUGCCCAAUGCCGGCAAAAGUACAUUGAUCAAUCACCUGAUUGAUCAUCGGGUUUGCCCUACAUCGAUGAAGGUGCAUACGACGCGAAGCACUGCAAGGGCAAUCCAAAGCCGUGCCAACUCGCAGAUGAUACUGUUCGACACUCCUGGUUUGGUUGGAGACCGCGAAGUCAAAAAGCACCAUAUUGAUUCGAAUUUCCUGUCGUCCUGUCGACAUGCGGUACAAAACUCAAACCUGAUCGGUGUGGUUCACGACAUUUCCAAUUCAUGGAACAGGAAUACACUCAAUCCUAUUAUGGUGGAUGUGCUAAAGAGUUACAGUCAUAUUCCCAGCUUCCUGAUACUGAACAAGAUCGAUACACUGAAGUCGAAGCGAAUUCUGCUGGAUAUCGUGAAGAGUAUCACAAACAACCAGUUGGAAAGCAUAAAGAACUAUCGCAUCAAAAAGCGCAAGAGCUUGGAGAAUGCACCAGCAGAAGUGAAAUCCCAGGCAGUGGAUGUGGAAGGAUGGCCUCACUUUUCUGAAAUUUUCAUGGUAUCAGCUGUCACCGGGGAUGGAUUGAAGGAGGUGAUGAAUUUCAUCUAUUCCCAUGCAAAGAGUGGACCGUGGGAGCACUUGGCGUCGGAAACAACGGAUCAGACCCCGGAACAAUUGAUCGUGCAAAGCGUUCGGGCUCGCCUGUUGGACUAUCUUCCACAGGAGAUUCCGUACUCGCUGAAUACAGAGCUGGAAUUCUUCGAGAAUAUGAAUGGAAAGAUCUUUGCCAGUGCAGUGGUGACCUGUCCGAGUGAGCGACUGGAACGGUUGGUUUGUGGAGAAGGCAACGGGAAACUGAGACAGAUUACGGAACGCGUUACGUCGGAUUUGAUUGAGACGUUUACGGUGCCGAUUUCAUUGACGAUAGUCACUAGGAUUAAGAGCAAGGAGAAGUAAUGCAGAAACGAGGUUGGAAUAAAACAAUGCUAUCUACGUGGUAUUUGCAAUUAAUAGUAAA